GGGUAAACACGAACACCGCGAACAGUAAAUAACAAUAAUGGAAAACCGAAAACGGAAAACAAUAAUAUACGCGCAUCUCGCUUUGGCAUGACGUAUCUAUCAUGAAGUUUUUGUAUACAUAAAAUAUGUAGUUAACUUUUUACUAACUGGUGAUUCCAGAGUGCACUGUGCAGUCUGCACUGCAAGUAUUCUGCCGUUUGCGUUUGCGUUGGGCAUUCAAAGCGAAUGAAAGUGUUUCGCGGGAGUUGAACUUUUGAGGUACGAGCGAAGUGUACAUAAAAUAAAAUAAUUUAAAAAAAAACAAUUUUAAUAUUUUCUUUUGAUUAUUGAAAAAAUCCGGUAUUCUGUAGUAGUAUAAUUGGAACACAAUGGCUCAAGAAAAUGAACACAUCACGGAAAAUAAUCCCAACAUUAAUUCGGUUAAUGAAACUCCAGCCCGGCCGUUUAGGAUCACGAUGGAGUUUCCAUUGUUUUUCACGAUGCUAUCAGUGUCAUUGUCUGGUGCUGCAAUAAGCAAUCUAAUCUUAUUCAGGACUUGUGUUCAUUCUUUGAAUCACACACAAGAGGAAUGCCAAGUAUUUAUGUCGCCAGCAAAAAACAAUGGGAGCCAUGAGCUGGAAGAAGAGGUGCAGAAGUAUGCAACAUUUGUUUCCAUGGUCAGAACAAUAAUAGAUUCGCUCGCACCUGCCAUACUGUCUCUAUUCCUUGGCGUGUGGUCUGAUACUCAUGGAAGGAAACCAUUGGUUGUUUGGCCUCUAUUUGGUAUGUCCAUAACUGCCGGCUUGAUCGUUGUCUACAGUAUGAUGGAUGAUUUGGGACCCUGGUGGUUCAUACUUACCUCUAUACCUAUGUCUUUGGCUGGAGGGUUCACGGCGUUGUUCACUGGCUCGUUCUGCUAUGUCAGUGACAUCACCUCAACUGAGAAGCGAUCUCUCAGAAUGACGGUAGUUGAAGCGUCCGUAUCCGCAGGCAGCGUCAUAGGAGCAGUCGCCAGCUCCUACCUCUUGCGAGCUGUUGGCAAUGUUUACUUGCUUCUCAUAUCGGCCGCGUUGUUCCUGAUAGCGUAUUUGUUUACUGUGACUUGUUUGAGCGAAUCUUUGGCUGGAGCUAUACCCGGCAAUAUAACAUCGGUGUUGGAUUUCAAGUUGAUUAAAUCAAUGCUGUCGGAAUGCUUCAAGAAACGACCCAACCACGGCCGUGCUCAGAUCCUUUUACUGACAUUCGCAAACAGUUUGUCAAUAUUCAUCAUGUUCGGGCAAAUGAGUUUGUUAUACAUGUACACUAGGAAGAAGUUGCAUUGGGCGAUACAGCAGUACACAAUAUAUUCAGCCACUCACACCACUAUAUCGUUUUUCGGAUCCUUCUUCGGCGUGAUAUUGGUGCAACGGGUGUUCAAGGUCACUGACUUGGCGUUCGCCACCGUCGCUAUCUUGUCGGCCACCACUGAAUAUGUCAUCAACGCAUUCGCUACUACUGCGUGGCACAUGUAUGCAGCUGCCGGGAUUUCUUUAUUUAGAGGUCUAUCGUCGCCUCUCAUCAGGUCUUUGCUGAGCAAGAUCUUGCCGCCGCAGGACAUCGCCAAGGUGUUCGCCUUGAUGUGCGCCAUCGAGGGAGUCAGCCCGCUGGUGUCGCCAGCUCUGUACAACUCCCUGUACGCUUACACCAUAUCGACGUUCCCGGGAGCUAUUUUCAUAUUGAGCAGUGGAAUCUCUGGCCUAUGUGCUUUAUUCCUUGGAUUCGUGCAAUAUUUCAGAUGGAAAUCGAGUUCUAUUGUAUACGAAAACUUGACAAACGAAUCAUAGUAAGUUUGCGUGUCUCGAAUGAUGAAAAGGUCUCAUUUAUAAUACUAACUUGGUAAUUAAUAUACAGUUUAGUGUAUUUUUAAUUUUAGUAUACAAUUAUACAAACUACUUAUACGUAGAUGAGUAUUGUUAUAUACUCGUAAUAUAUUUGUUUUUUUGUAAAUUUAUGUUGAAUACUAAUGUGUUAUGAGCCAUGUGGAUAUGACCUCUGCCUUUUAAUCAGAGGGCGUAGGUUCGAAUCCGGUUUGGAGCAUGCACCUCCAUAAUUUCAAUUAUGUGCAUUUUAUGAAAUUAAAUAUCACAUGUCUAAAACGGCGAGGGAAAACCCUCGUUUCCUGAUAGUUUUCAAAAUUAUCUACGUAAGUAUGUGAAGUCUGCCAAUCCGCAUUAGGCCAGCAUGGUGUCAUUAACAACCCAUAGGAAUAUGGGUUGUUAAUGACAAUAAUGACACGAAUGAUGAUAAUAAAUAUUCAACGUAAAUGUACGAGUAACUUAAUUAAAAACAUAUUUUAAGAAAUGGAAUGAUAAUGCAACUAUUGUUUACCAUUAAACAAGUCAAUUUACAUUUUAUAUGACUUUUAUAUAUAAGUAAAAUGAAAAGUUUUUAUUAAAUAGAAACAGGUGUUUGUUUGCAAAAGUUCAUUAUGAACAACGAAUAUUUUUAUUGAUUUAUUUUCUCGAAAAACCAACGAAUCCAAACGAAAUUUCAUGUAUGGUCAAAUGUAUUCAUUGUAGUAUCAUUGACUCAGAAUACUGCGGUUUUGGAGUUGAACGUACGUACAGAAGGGUUAUAGUUGGAUUCUGAGUGGCGAUCUUGGAUUCGUCGGCUUUUCGCUUACCAUUCUCGAAUCGAUUUAAUUUUUGACAUAAUUAAUUAAAAUUGUGUGACUCAUUUUGCAUUUUGUGUGUGUGAAAUUAAAUUAAUUAAAAUUUGCAGCUUAGCAUUGUUAGGUAAACCAUAUCGUGACAAAAUCUGGAAUAUUUACUAUGUUGUAAUGCGAAUGUUGUAUAUAGAUAUAUAUACUCGUGUUUUUAGUACUAAUGUAGUUAAAACGCACAUUUCGAUAUUUACAAAUUACAUAGAUCAACAAAAUGUUAAUAAAUUUGCAUUCAUGAUGUUUUUGCUUAUGUCAAAGUUUAAAUAUCAAUGACUAAUUACUUACCUUUAUACAUUAAGUAAUUAAUAUAAUACGUAUUAGUAUUUACUGUUUUAUAUAAUAGAGUAUAUUAAUUAUUAUUUGUUUAAAUAUUUUACCAAUAAAAUCCAUUUUUAAUUUUUUUUUAUUGAUCAGAACACAUAAUACGUAUUCAUGAUCAGUCCCUGUGAUAAUAACAAGUCAAUUAUGAAAAAAAAUCUAAAUACUUAUUAUAUUUUAUGACUGCUUUUUAGUCAUCAUUUAGUCCGUAGUUUUAUAUUUUUUAAUGUUUGUCGUAGAUUAACGAACGGAUCUGUAUAGAUUUUAAUUUUUUAUAAAAAAUAAAAUGACUGCAAAACCGAAA